AAUCCCAAAAGAGAAUGAGACGUGGUGGAGGGCAGGAAAUUGUGAGUUUUUAAGAGCCAAUUUCUGGUGCUUCUGUGUGGACCAAGGAGCUGUGUGUUUGUGAAGACGAAAUGUGGGACACAAGGUCUCUGGAGAAGAUGGUGAACAGGACGACUCUGAGCACGCAGAGAGUUCUCCACACACACAUUCUGGAACUAGGAGAACGUCUGAGUCCAUGGUAUUCUCACAACGCAAAAGCAGAUGACCACCUCAACUCUCCUCUAAACUCAGUCAAUCCUUGGCCUGCAAUUGGACGAGAACAGCCUGACGCCUCUGCCGUGGAGGAAUUUCGGCAGUUGGCAGACGAGGAGAAACGUGCUGCCCUUAGACUCCAAGAGGAGAGGCUGCGGACUGGCUUUGAGGAGGCCCUGCGAGCACGAGACAGGCUGGAGGCCGAGAGGAGGCUAGAGCUCCAGGUCGAGCUGCAGGCCCGCUUCAGAGCGCGCUGUGAAGGCCUGAGGGCUCAGAUGGAGGACGAGAAGGUCCAAGCCGUGGGCGAGGCCUGCAUAAGUCUACAAAACAAGCUGCAGAAAGAGGAAGAAGAGACCCGUGAGAGGAUCAUACAGAAUCUACAUCAAGAGAAUCAGGAGUGUCUGAGGAGGUGUGUGCAGGACACCGAGAGAAGAGUUGGUGAGGAGUGUGAUGUGAAGGCAGAAAGAGAGAAACGGGUCCUUCAGGAUAGACACGAAGAGGAGAAAUCUGAGCUGCAAAACAGGCUGCGGCAGCUGCAGGACAGUCUGGAGCAGGCCUGCAGGGAGCGCGUUCAGUAUGAAGCAGAGUUUAAGAAGGUGCAGGCCAGUUACAGGCUGUUUGUGGAUCUGACUGAUUCCUCCCUUCACUCUGAUUACCUCCUGAAGCUGCGCAGGCUGGGCCGAGAGCCGGGGCUCACGGACGCAGCCACACAGACUGAUGAGAUCAGCCCCGAACUGUGAUCUUGUGAUGCCAGAGUUCUCACACCACAGCGCAUGGGUAUUUGACAUGACAUGGCAUAGUUGUCACAGCAGUGUCCUGCAGUUUGAUGUUGCACUUUGUCUAAACCCGUGUUAAGGUUUUCUCUAAAGCUUUUCGUAAAAUCAGUAAUACUACUACUUUCAAAAUGUUAUGAUACACUGCAGGAUUAAGACAACAAAAGCUUAAAGGUGAUUAGAAAUUAUGUAAAAACGUAAAUUAUGGCAAUUUGCAUCUAAAUAUAUACAAUUAUAUUGUCACCGUUUUCUCAGAAAAUGUAUUUCUGAAGGUGCUGUUUACUAGAAAUUUUAUUAAAUGUCAGUAACAACCAAAGUAAUCCAUACAUACAAAGAAAACAAAACAAAUUACUUUAGAAAUGAAGAAAUGUGUAAUAAAAUGAAAUGACACUGGGAAAAAGUAUUGAACACAUGAAGAAAGCAAGGUGUGAAAAGUCAUGGAAAGCCCAGACAGCAGCUGAAAGCUCUCAGUAGUGAUUACCUUUCCUUAACCGGUGUAAAUGAAUAUUAGCUGAAUGUUCCCAACAUCUACACUACCAGAUGAUGAAGAUGAAACCAGGGUGGACAUUUUAGCAAGACAAUGAUCCCAAACACAGCCAAAAAAACUCUCAACGGAUCUCAGAAAAAGAAAAUAAAGCUGCUAGAUUGGCCAAGACAAUCACCUGACCUGAAUUCAGUAGAAAAUAAUAACUAAAGAUCAGAAUUCAUAGAUGAGACCUACAGAGCUGUCAAGAAUUUUACACUAUUGAAGGCUGGGAAAAGUAAUGCAUGCAGAGCAAUGCAUGCAACUUCAUUCUCUAUAGAAGAGCCAUCUUGAAGUUGUCAUUAUCAAAAACAAAGCCUUUCACACAAAGUAUUAUACAUUUCAGUAGUUCAGUACUUUCUCCUUGUCAUUCCAUUCUUAUUACAUAACUAAUUCUCUGUUUUGUUUUUAUUCCUAUAUUUAGAUCAGUUGGGUUUUAACAAAAUCUAGUACAAUUUUAUGUCACCGGGAAACAUCCAGGAAAAAUCAUGAUGUGUUUAAGACUUUUUUUAUUCAUUGUAUAUACACACAUAAAUAAAAUGUAUCCUCUUCCAUUAAGU